AUGACAGGUGGCCGCUCGAGUCAGCGCUUGAUUGAGGAGAUCCUGUGCUUUAUACCGCAUGAAGACCUUGUGAGUCUGUCUCCUGUGGAGCUCCUUACAACCAAGCGGGCCGCUGGCCGAUCCAGGCCAUUGAUGGCGAUUGCGCCCAUUGUCCAAGAAGCCAAGUCAGACAUGGCAUUGGAUGCGUUGGUAGGCGACUCACACACUACUCUGAGAGGCUUUUUUGCCGAUAUAAAGUGGCAUUUCUACGCCACCAUUGCUCCCCCUGCCCCGACCAACGGCUCAAUCGAUUACGACUGGCAUCUGACCGAUAAACUAGCCGACUAUGAUGGCGAGCUAUCGCUAGAGUUCAAAUGCUCGCUCACUGGAUCUGUGCUGGGUAUUAAGUUUUGGUCGCAGAAGUUGACGGCUGAAGAGUGGAGCAUGUUCGACGUGUCGGAAAUCAACAAAAGGUUCGAGAACCGCCCGGAGACGUACAAUGGUGACACUGCUCCUACAAUAACAACAUGCCUUGAAACUUUUUAUACAAUUGUCCGCAAUUCUUUGGUUCAGAAUCCUCCACGCCCCAUUCCGUUUUCAUCCGCCCGAGCAAGUGUACAUAUUGAUCUGAGCUUGUUGCCGAAAUUGGGGUUCGUGAAAAAUGAAGAUGAACGCGUUUACGAUCCGCCCCAAUUCGAGUCCGACGAAGAAAGGCUUUAUUAUAAAGGUCUUCUUACAGAGAUUUCGUUGUUCGGCCUCAACAAAGGUGGCAAGCAAUUUGGGAGCCAUUGGCCGGUUUACGAAGUAAAUAUGACCUCUACUUUGGGUCAUUUUUUGGGCUGCUCGAACUUACCCACUAUUCCAUCGCUUUCCAGCAAGUACUUUGGUUCACUUGGUUGUACAAGCUCGUUCACGGACGAUGGGAUCUGGCAACGAUAUUCUUUGCAGGUCCAAAACGAUGCUCGCAACACCCCGCACUACCUUGAGAGCCUUAAAAUAAUUGCACAAAAUCGGGAUUCCGAGGAACUUCAAACACGGGUUAUGGAGCUGAUCUCACUAGGCACUCAAACAUUAGGUGCCAUUGAAGAUGCCUAUGACGCUUUAGACCUUGACAUCGAUGGUUCCGAAAGUGAGGACCAAAUUACCCAGGUAUUUUUGAACAAAUUAGAGUCAAAGAUAUUCCCCGAUGCUGCCUACGAAGACCUCGCUCAGAAGAUUAGUGCCAUCGCCGAUCAUCGCCAAAGUCAGGAGCUUCGUAGACUGUCAGAAGCCAUGACAAUGGACUAUGAAACGGCCAUGAAGCUUUUAAACGCAAAUGAGAGUACUGAUAACCUCACACUUUUCGAAACAGUUGCUUCCCGCGAUCGAGCUAGUCUCGUUGCAGGGUAUGAGGGUCGAAUUGCUCUGAAAACAAUUGGCAUUGCUCGCCAAGACCCGGAAAUUUUGAACAGGGUAGAAACCUUGCUAGCUCUUGAACCUUGCACAAGUGCUGAAGGUUACAAUAUGUUGGGCGUAGGAGACGCUAUGGAGGACAAAGACAUCAUAGCAGUUUUUGAAGUACAAGUCAUGGAGGAACCCAAGUCAGCACUACGUCUGCGACAAGCGCUGAGAGCAGUGGGUCAAAGCCGUGAAAGCAAGUACAUUGAAGGUUAUUUGUCCACGAGUGAACCAGUCGUUGAGGAGUCUUCCAAUACUGGGCCAGUCGGGCUCUGGAAUAUUGGAAAUACGUGCUACUUGAACUCAUUAUUACAAUUCUAUUAUACCAUUGAUCCGUUGCGGCAUCUUUUGGUCGAUUUCGACGACGAGAAGGCCCAGCACAACGAUGCGUCGAUGAAGAAAAAGACUGUAGGUGGGCGACAAGUUCCAUUUGCUGAGGUUGAACGUUCACAACAAUUUGUAAAGUCUCUUGGUGGUUUGUUCAAGAGCAUGACGGAUACCCAUGAUCGCUACGUGGUUCCAGAGGAGGAUUUAGCCUACAUGGCUCUUGUUCCGCCGGAGGAAGACGUAGCUGCACAGGUUGCAACUGCAGAAGCCCAAGCAGAGCAAGAAAGUAUUCGUCGUAGAGCAGCUGAGGCUGCGGAAGCACGAGCAAAGCAACAAGAGCUAUCUGGUGAGGUUGAGACUGAGCCGUUGGAGAGCUUUGAUGGUAUGGAUACGACCUCUUUGUCCUCUACGUCCUCACCGAUUUCACCGAUGGAUGAAGUCAAACUCGACAAUAGCGAGGUGCGGAUGUACGACCAGUCCAUUCCGAGCUCUGUGGAGAUUCCAGGCAUGCAGGUUGAUGUUGAAAGUGAGUUUAGCAUGACCAGUCCACCAAAUGCUGAAACCAAACCCAUUCAUGAUCUGUCUACUGCAUUGCAGCGGCAGCAGGAUGUCACAGAAUGCAUUGAAAACGUUCUGUUUCAAAUUGAAGCUGCUGUUUGUGCAAGUGGCUCUGACCCUAACGGCGAACAACUGGAUUUGGUGAAAGAUUUGUUUUAUGGGUUGACUGUGCAAACUUUACAGAAUGCAUCCGGGGAAGGAGAAAUUCGCAAAAAAACCGAGCUUUUCUCUACCUUGAUGGUCGAUGUUGCCGAUGGACCUCGUGAUAUUUAUGAUGCACUCGACAGUUACUUCAACUAUGAGGUGCUCAAGAUGUCGGAGGGAGAAACUAUCCGCGAACUGAGCGCCAAAAAACUGCCACCCAUUUUACAGAUCCAGAUUCAACGUGUACAAUUUGACCGCACUACGGGAAAGCCCUACAAGUCAACGGCUCCUCUCAUUUUCGGUGAUACUGUGUAUUUGGAUCGAUACUUGGAGACUGACGAUGCUGAGAUUCUCAGCCGCCGAGCCAAGGUCCGAGUCUUGCGGGCCAGGUUGAGCGAAAUAGAAGAGAUACUCAAAGUACAUGAAAAACCUCUGCCUGGAGGCGAUACGGUGCGGGGGACUCUGGAGACUUGUAUUGAGUGGCUGGAAAAUUCCGGCCUAGAUAGUGCGGAUGAGACACUGGUUCAUCUGUAUACGCGACGUAACCAGAUGUUGGCGGUUGAACAGCAGCUGGAGGCGGAAAAAUUGGAGCUGUCAAAAGAGAUUGAGGGCCAGUUUGUUGAUUUCAAAAAAUACGGCUACAAAAUUUACGCAUUGUUCAUCCAUCGCGGCCAAGUCUCGUUCGGCCACUACUGGGUUUAUAUCCACGACUUUGCCACUGAUCAAUUUUACAAGUACAAUGAUGAAAACGUCACGGCUGUGCCCUCAACGGAGGCUCUCGAUAUGUCUCUGAGCAACGAUGCCACCCCCUACUUUUUAGUGUUUGUCCGUGAAGACUUUGUCGACAAACUCAGCAGCCGUAUUUCAGGCCCCAUUGUGCAAAAUCAAUCGAGCUCGGAAGUCGAGGUUGUGGAUUUGACGAAUUCCGAUUGA